ACAAAGCCCGCCCAAACGAUUAAUUUCAAAUUCUGAGAACUGGGAGUAGCCUCAGCUCUCAAAUCGGCAUGGGAGAUCCAGAUAAAACGACUGCGUUGAAGGCGGCGUACGCGGAGGUUAUACGGAACACGACCAAGGAAGCGGCAUCGAGACUGAUAGAUUCGGAGAAAAGAGCGGCGUCAUUUCAGUACCAACUGAAUCGUAUCAAUGAGGAGUCACUUCGUUUGCUUCUUCUGCUAAAACGCAUGAUCGACGUCAAGACAGUUGAAUCGGAGACCACAUCCAUGAACCAGAAGCGAAAGAUCGAUGAGCUCGAAGAAAAGCUGCAUGAAGCAGAGGAUGUUAUAACAGAUCUUAGAGUGGAACUAACUCAAGAACGUUAUAAGCUGAAGAGAGCAAAGAAUGAUACUCAAGUGAAGCCUUUAAGUGGAGAGAUCACUGGUGAUACGGGUGAAUAUCUAAUCGAGUCGAGUAAAAAAUUUUGA